AAUUCCCAGAGGGUAGCGGGGCCAUUGCAGCUGCGCAGUGCUGUCUGUGACGUUGCGGUCAAGCGGCCGUAAAGUGAGAGCUCUCCCGUUGCCUGAGGCAAAGCCCUUCAUUUUACGGCACGAUGGCGAUCUCCAGGGCGACGGCCCUGGUAACGCGCUAUCUUCGGGCCGGCUGCACUCCGAGCGGGGUCCGGUCUUGGCGUCGGCUACUGCUACCGCCGCUGCGGGAACCGGGCCGUGGCGCUGUCCCCAACAGAUCCGCGUUGGGGCCUGGGGGGCAGCCGCUGCUGCGAAGCGUCUGUCAGGCCCUGGCGCCCGCUCGUGGGUCGCUGCAGCUCCGGCCUCCCGCCGCUGGGGGCCGCUGGCUACAGGCCUCCGAGCUGCACAUCCGGCAUCCCGCCGCCGGGGGCCGCUGGCUACAGACCUCCGAGCUGCACAUCCAGCCUCCCACCGCUUGGGGCCGCAGGCUGCGGGUCUCCGAGCUGCAGCUCCGCAGUGCGGCCACAUGGUGGAGCUUCGAGCUACUACCUCGGCUGCAGUUGGAGGCUGUGGCCACAGGGAGGCGAUCACAGAAAGGCGAGGAUCAGGGAGAAUGGGCACUGGGAACACUGGGCAGCUUCUGCACCCUGGCAGCUGCCCUGGUUUAUUGCUACAGCAGAUCAUCAGAGUCAGAUGGUCACUUGCUGCUUGAAGCCGCCCGUUUGAACAAUGCAUCCGAGGUCAACAGGUUGCUGGCCUCUGGUGUCUCCGCCUCUCAUCGGCACAAACUGGGUUGGACCCCACUGAUGGUUGCAGCAAUGAACAAGAACCACAGCGUGAUGAAGAUUCUGUUAGCAGCUGGAGCAGAUCCGAACCUUGGAGAUGGGUUCAGCAAUGUGUAUGAGGCAUCCAAGGAGAAACGCAUCCACUCUCUCGAGGUGCUAGUGACCAGAGAGGAUGAGUUCAGUAACCGGUUGAACACACGUGCCAGUUUCCGUGGCUGCACCGCACUGCACUAUGCCGUCCUGGCUGACGACUACCAGACAAUCCAGUUGCUGCUUGAGGCUGGUGCUAAUCCUUUACUGCAGAACGAAAUGGGACACACACCAGUGGACUACGCCAGAGAAGGACAGAUUAAAACACUACUGAAGGAGGCUGAGGUAAAGUACCAGGAAGAGCAAAGGAAGCGAGAGGCAGAGGAACGUAGACGGUUUCCUUUGGAGCAGAGACUGAAGGAACAUAUCAUUGGCCAGGAGACAGCCAUCGCAACUGUUGCAGCAGCCAUCCGAAGAAAGGAGAAUGGUUGGGCAGAUGAAGAGCACCCGCUAGUCUUCCUCUUCCUUGGAUCGUCUGGAAUUGGAAAAACUGAGCUGGCCAAACAGAUUGCAAAGUACUUGCACCAUGAUGUCAAAAAGAAAUUCAUAAGGAUGGACAUGUCGGAAUUCCAGGAAAAGCAUGAAGUUGCAAAGUUUAUUGGUUCCCCCCCUGGUUAUGUUGGACAUGAGGAAGGUGGUCAGCUCACCAAGAAGCUGAAACAGAGUCCGAACGGGGUAGUUUUGUUUGAUGAGGUGGAUAAAGCUCAUCCCGAUGUCCUGACCGUUAUGUUGCAACUCUUCGAUGAGGGAAGACUAACAGAUGGCAAAGGAAAGACCAUCGAGUGUAAGGAUGCAAUCUUCAUCAUGACCUCCAAUGUAGCCAGUGAGGAAAUAGCAGAGCAUGCCCUGCAGCUCAGACAGGAAGCCCAGGAGCUAGGCAAGAAACGCCUAGCUGAGAAUCUAGAUGAUGUGAUUCUGAGUGAGAAAGUGACCAUCUCCAAGCAAUUUAAAGAAAAUGUGAUCAGACCCAUUCUAAAGGCCCAUUUCCGGAGGGAUGAGUUUCUGGGCAGAAUCAAUGAGAUUGUUUACUUCCUUCCGUUUUGUCACUCGGAACUGAUUCAGCUGGUCAACAAGGAGUUAAUGUUUUGGGCCAAGAAGGCCAAACAACGACACAAUAUCAACCUGCAGUGGGACCGGGAGGUGAUGGAUGUAUUGGCGGAAGGAUACAAUUUGCACUACGGAGCGAGAUCCAUCAAGCACGAGGUGGAGCGCCGUGUUGUGAAUCAGCUGGCAGCUGCCUAUGAGCAGGAGCUUCUACCAAACGGCUGCACACUCCGCAUCGCAGUGGAAGGUUCAGGUGUAGGCACAGGGAGGGAGCAAGACCCGGAACACGGAGAGCUGGACUCCAAGGGAGCAAAGAUCAGGCUAGAGAUCGUGGAGAAGGACAACAAGUCCCGCAAGCUCAACAUCAGGGUUCCGCUCAAAGGAGACGAAGUGGCCCACAGGUUUUAGCACUCACCACAUAGGACCUAAAACUUAGCCAAGACUGACUCGUGCCAAAAUGACAAUAGCACGCCUCCUCCUCCUCUUCCCUUCCUCCGGUCUCUCCAUCCCUCACUGAAUUGUGCCUGUCACCUCCAUCCCUCUCCCUCAGCAUCCGUUGUACUGUGGUAUGGGGUCUUCAGGUUUAUUUUGAGUAUACCUUCCCCUCCCUGUCCACCACACAACAGCAAGUGCACCUUCCAGAGGAACUAGCCCAUGGGGGCUGAAAGGCCUCCUUCUCUUCCUGUGCAGCAUUUGUGAGGGGCUGAAUAGCCUCCAGUUCCUGGAAUUGCCAGAGAGCAGUCAUGAUAGUUAUUUAUUUUCCCCUUUUGUGUGCUUUGUGAGUGAUCCAGGGUUAAUGCAACUCAUUGUAACUCAACAUGGACAACGGGAAUUGGAAUGAGAAAACUGUGCAGCAUGAGUUACAAUAUCUCACCGAGAGAGAGAUACCUUGAAUCACUUUGUCUGUGUACAGCUGGAUGGUGGCAAGCAGAUGCCUUUUUUUUCUGAUUUGUCAAAUUAUAACUUGGACUUCAGACAUGCAA